CGUAAUAUAUUUUACAGAUCCAUUUGCAUAUAAGAUCAGAUCAAGUCAUGACUUCGCGUCGUCAACGUACGCGUAUGCCAAACUUUACAGUUGCAGAGGAGGAUGUGCUGAGAGCAUUGACAGCCAAGUAUUAUAAACAGAUCGAGGAGAAGACCUCGAAUGCGAGUGUCUGGCGCGUCAAGAAUCGGGCCUGGGAGAAUAUAGCCAUAGAGUUUUUCAAAAAUACGAGAAUUCAGAGAUCGGCUGUUAAGCUUAAGUCAAAAUACGAGACGAUGAAGAAACUCAAUAAACUGUCGAAUGUGUCCAUAAAACGCGAACCAACACCGGUUGAAAAUUCCCUUCGAUUGGUGGGUCAGAACGGCAAAGUUGGAGAGCCGAAGGUGGAAUUGGUUCAGGUUGAAGUUGAGCCAGCAAAGCUAUUCGAUCUCGUCAAAACAGAGAUUCACUCUAAAGAAAAUGCAGAUUUGGUUAACCAAGAUCAGGCCAUGUCCGUGCACCCUCAUGCAGAGGCCCCCUUCGAUGAUGGGGAUCAGAUCAUGACCGAGGAUGAUAAGAGUCAGGCCGCUCGGCUAUCAGCCGAGUCCACAGAGAAAGGUGUUAGGGAUAUACGAGAGCUUGUGCAAACAAACUUCAGUCAGGUAGGUGUUUAA